CACGCGCGUGCGCACAACGCGCGAACUUUGACGCGAGACGUCACUGCCGAGCCUCGAAAAUCGAAUUUGGAUCGACAAUUACACGAAUAUCUACACCGAGUGAAAAUGAACAAAAGUGAUUGAGAAACAGACAAUAGUGUUUUUGAAGAAAAACAUUGUAAUUGUUAAAAAUGACUUUGAAUAAUACACACCCGCCGUACAACCGCGUAACUAGCAAGGGGUUUUUCGGGAAGAAAAGCAAGAAAACCAAGAAAUAUGCCAAAAUGAAGUCUGGAACUUAUGCAGGGAGAGAACGCGCCAACACAGCGAUGGACAAUGACGUCACGCCGGUCUACCUCGCGGCGCAGGAAGGGCACCUGGCGGUUCUCAAGUACCUGGUGCUGGAGGCGGGAGGAAGGCUGGACGCUCGAGCGAGGGACGGCAUGCUGCCUAUACACGCGGCUGCGCAGACCGGCUGCUUGGACUGCGUCAAAUGGAUGAUCGUAGAGCGAGGCGUGGACCCCAACGCGAGGGACGGAGACGGGGCUACGCCCCUCCACUUCGCGGCGUCUCGAGGACAUCUGUCCACGGUGCGCUGGCUGCUGCGGCAUGGUGCUAGGCUGCACCUAGACAGACAUGGGAAGAGCCCUAUCAAUGAUGCUGCGGAAAAUCAUCACCUAGAGUGCCUGAACGUGUUGGUGGCGGCCGGCGCGGGCGCAGACAGCAAGCAGCUCUCCGCGUAUAAAGCGGUGCACUCCUGCGCAUGCACGCCUGGUGAUGCACGAUGCGCCCUUCCCAACUGCAUCAAUGCGAACAGUCCCCGCUCGCCCUUCUACCUGCACGCUCCAGAGCGGGAACGCCGAGGGUCCCUGCCUUCCACCAUCGGCUCCAUCAGCUCGGCUCGCUCGGGACCUGCAGACGGACUGUAUGUCAACCCCAUGCAGAGGGCCACUUCCACCAGUGCGACACAUCAUAGUUCUUCGGGAGAGGAGAGUUCAGCAUGUUCAGCAUCAGACGCUGACACUGGCAACGCGGGCGGCUGGUUCCUUCACGGGAGCACCAAUUCAGGAGCCCCGGCCGCUCUGUAUCAGCGCGUCAGGGACCUGUUCCAUACUCGCUCGCCCGGACCCAGGGUCCCGGCGGAGGGGCAGGAGGCUCCUACUAUGACUGUUAAAGCAGAAGUGCACGGCGCUACAGAGACGACGACCGUGCCGGAACAGUCUGACAGCGACAGUGGCGCCGAAGCCACGAGGCGCGACCACCACUACGAGGACAUCUAUAUGCCUAGAGAAGAGCAGCAGAGGAGAAGGAGUAGCUCCCGGGACUCCGGCAGCCACAGCCGGCCGGGGAGCGCUGCUCUCGUGGUAGACUACACCGCGAAAGACAACAAUGACAUCUCAAGCAAGGCGUACGAGGAGGUGUCCCCAGCCGUUGAGGCACAAACCAAGUCUACGAUAGCCACAAAGCUGGCAGCACUCACACACAAGGCACAGAACUUCGCCAGCCGCAUAUCAUCAGCAGCAGGCAGCCGCCGCGCGUCAGUAUCAGAUGAAGCCGCUGUAGUCCAGACGUCGGCAUCAGCUUCGUCCGGCGUGUCGUCAGGGGGCAGCUCCGGCGAUGAGGCGCCGCCGCCGCCACCGCCGCCACCCGCGCCGCCGGCGCCACCAGCGCCUCCACACAAAGUGUUGGAGGAACCGGCGCUGAGGCCGUCGGAACUGAGGGGACGACUCGCGGGGCGGCGCGGCUCCAUCGCAGACGACGACCGACCGCGCGGACCCAACCUCGUCAACAAACAGCCGGCCCUCCCGUUCAUUCCUCCCGCGUUCCCCAACAACGCGCCCGACCGCCUCAUCAAACCCUCGGAGUACUUGAAAACCAUCACGGCGCCCUGCAAGCGGGACGACAGCGCGGCGGAGGCCCGCCCUCCGCCGCCGCCGCCGGUCCCCAGCGACCCCGUGCCGCCGCCGCCGCCCCAGCCCCCGGCAACCAAUGCGCAGCCUCUAGCAGCCAUCAGCAGCGCUGAACUAUCCGCGGUCAGGCUCCGCACACCGGCCACCAAAACCCUAUCAGCGCCGCCACCGGCUAGAUCCGUCAGCCUACAAUGCCUACCCAGCGCCGCCGAAAACUACCGAAGCGCCAAAACAGACCUGAUAGAGGAACUCAAAAUGUCCAAGGACAUCACUGGAAUCAAAAAGAUGAAGGUGGAGCGAGCGAGACGGGAGAGCCUGCAGGACAAGGAAACCUUCACGGAGUUCACCAAGCGGUUCACCGCGGAGAAUUUUGUUGAUCAGGGUUGUCCCCAGGUGCCGGAGCGAGACGCCGCCGGGAACGUGAUUCCGGCGUGGAAGAGGCAAAUGUUGGCGAGGAGGGCCGCCGAAAAGGCGCGGAGGGAUCUGGAGAGGGAGCUGGCGGGAGAGGCGGAGAGACGGAGGGCGGCGGCGGUGCCAGUUUGGAAGAGACAGCUGCUGCAGAGGAGAGAGGAGGCUGAGAACCGGCUGAGACAAUCCCUUUACACUCCGAAAGUCGAGGAGACGAACGGCUCAAACGGAACGAACGGCGAGUGGCGCGCGUACCCGAGCGGCACGCAGCGCGCCGUCUCCAUCGACAACAUAUCGCUCUGCUACGACACUCCUGCGCAGCCCGCGCGCGCGCCAUCAGAAGCGAAGCUAUCCUCGGACCACUGUAACGGUCACGCGACAAACUGUAAACAUGACGACGACAAUGCCGAGAGCGCAAAAAUCAUACCAUGGCGAGCACAGCUGCGCAAGACCAACAGCAAGCUCAAUCUGUUAGAGUAGUACCUUGUAAGCUUGGUCAGUGUUGCUAGAGUUAAAUAAUUACUACUAUUCAGUAGUAUUCAUGUACGUUUUGUAUAGCAACGCCAUAACGAGAAAAUGCAUUGUAUCCGUUGCUUGGAUUAAAAUAAUGAGUCCAAAAAUAAUAAAACAAAUUGAACACAACUUAUCCCAUUAAUUAGUGAUUUGGUAAGAAUUUAGGUAGGUUAAAAAUAGUUAUGCGAUACGUAUUUAAGUAUUUGUUUGUUCAAUUACGAUAAACGUCUUCAACUUCUGCACGCUCUGACUUUAUGAAUAUUUUUUUGAUACAUUUUCAUAUGUAUACAAUUAAAAUAUUGUCUUCUUACAUUUUCACGAAUGAAGUGUUUUAUUCAAGACCAAACAAUAUUAUCUUCGAAUAUAAUCUUCAUGAUUAAGUCAUUUACUCAUUUGUACAUUUACUUAUUCGUAAGCAAGUAGAUUUUCAUAAUUAAUUAAAAUAUUCUUUAGAAAAAUAUUGCCGAAUGUAGUUUUUUU